AUGACAGCGAUAUCGGAGAGCAGUAGACCGAAUGUGGAGCUUAUUCUGGCAUAUUUACUAACUCAUGGUGAGCGUUUGUAUACCUGUGUCUUCUUGGUUGUGCUGCUGAAGACGCGACGCGAGGCCUUAUGUUGUCUGACGACACUCGUGCUCGUGCAGGCCCUGCUCCCGCUGUUCCUCAGGCCGGUGGUUCGGUUCGCGGCGCGCGUGGCGGAAGGUGGGCCGGCGGUCGCGGUGGCGACGAUCCUGCACCGCGCCGGCGCGCUGUCCAGGAACCGGGGCCUGGAGCGCCUCGUCCGAGACGACGAGCUCCACGGCCGCGGACAGGACUGCAUCGCCAGCUUCGUCAUCGGCGUCAUACGCUGCCUCUGCUAGUAGAUUCGGUUGCCUAGCUAGAGCUAGAGAGAGGGGAAGUGGACUCCAUUGUUCGGAGAAAAUUCACCUCGAAAUUUGUAGCAGGAAACUUGAAUUGAAAUGCUGACCCUUUACCUCACCUCUCAAGUCAAGGCA